AUGAUUUGGAAGAGGCUUAUUCGAGUUCGGGCCCAAGCACAACCUCAUAUUCGCUGGGUGGUGGGGCAAGGAAAAAUCUAUUUUUGGGAUGAUAUAUGGCUCGGAGAGUCCGCCCUUAGGGACCUCGCACAUGAUGAUAGAGGAUGCCCGAACGCCCUGGUCGGGGAUUUCAUCCGGGAAGGGAUCUGGGACGAGUCCAAGAUCCGGAUGCUACAUUCUCGAGCUGGCCUCCCACAACGAACCAUUGAACAAAUCCUUGGCACACCGAUUGUUGACGGGGGUCCGGAUAUCCCGAGAUGGGACCUCUCACGGUUCGGGGACUUCUCCCUCACCACGACUUGGGAGACCAUCCCAACACAACUUCCUAUCGUCCGGGGAUUGGAUGACAUUUGGAAGGCUGGCCUUACUUCCUCAAUCUCCAUCAUUAUAUGGCAGUUGCUCUCAAAACUCCAAUGGCGAAAGAUGGAGUUGGCAUCAAAAUGCCAAUGUUGCCCACAAAGGCCAGGCAUAGAGUCAUUGCAACACCUUUCCAUCCAAGGAGCGGGAGCAAUUAGUGUUUGGAGAGAAUUCGAUGAUUGGUUCGAAGGAUCCUCUCCACAAAUGCGGAUCAAUGAGACGAUCCCAUAUAGACUCGGGGUCUGGGCGUGGAGAACACAGCAAUCAAGGAUCCUCAGCCAUGCCAUGUCGUACCUCAUUAUGUGGUUCUUAUGGGUAAAAUGCAAUAGGAGCCGGCACCAAAUGACACAGUUCAAGCCGUUUAAUGUGGUUUGGCAGGUUCAGACUUAUAUCCGAAACAAUAUGGCCGUUGGAAAUACCAAGUCGAAACACUGGAAGGGUGUGAGGCUUAAGAUGAAUAUCCCGAGUGAGGCCGAGACAAGAUUGCCGAGGCCCCUCGCCAUGCCGGUCAAAUGGCACCCCCCAGAUCGGAGGACGAUUAAAAUCAACACAGACGGUGCCUACUCGGAAGCAACGGGUAAAGCGGGAGGGGGAGGACUUAUCCGAAACUCCUUGGGGAGGCUGAUCCUCGAGUUUUCCGCGCCACUAGACGCCCAAUCGUCAUUGGAGGCGGAGCUCAAAGCCGCCCAACUUGGACUGACCUUGGCACAGGAAUUCAAACAACCAAUGUGGCUCGAGCUGGACUCGGAGCAAGUGAUUAAGUUGAUCAGCGGCACAGGCUGGGGUUCGGCCCAUCUUCGACAAGAGGUUGCUCGGCUAAGGGUCCUCAAGCGCCAAAGUUCAGACUUAUAUCCGAAACAAUAUGGCCGUUGGAAAUACCAAGUCGAAACACUGGAAGGGUGUGAGGCUUAA